AUGCUUGACUUCAUAAUCCAGAUAUUACAAGAACACAGUAACGAAGUCUGGUUCUUGCAAUUUUCUCACAAUGGAGACUACUUGGCCUCGUCAUCCAGUGAUUGUCUAGUGGAUUAUAUGGGAGAAAACAAGCGUUCUCUUCGGGGUCUUGACACUUUGAUGAACCAAAUGGAAGACCUGGCAAGGUUGACUUGUGGAGCUUACCAUUAUCUCAACCAUUUAGUUCGUUUGAAAAUCUUAUAUCCCUUAAUGGAUCUGGUUUCUCAUGGAGGAUGGUCCUUGCUAUUUCGCUCAAGCUCAAAGCUAAUUUCUCCAUUUAUUUCUUUCUGUGGACUGCAGAAAGCCUUCAUAGUAGUGUUGCGGCGGUGCAGCAUGUUAAAAGAAGCUGAUAUAGAGUGGUUUUCUUCCUGA